GUUAGCAGGUAGCCGUUAGCUCGGAGCUAAUGUUUGGCGUUAGCUUCAGGUUUCUGAUUCAGUCCGCGGAUUAUUUUCCGCACAGCCAACAUGAAACCCCACGGAGCAGCUAAAACCCCGCCGUGGGUGUGACCCCAGCGGACAACAAGCGGCAGGUUGGCGGGGAGAGCGGGCAGCUAUUGUUAGCAGGUUAGCAGGCUAACGGGCUGAAUGAUCGCUAGCCUGCAGUUAGUGGCUCUAACAGCAGCCUCUGGUGCUGGACGGACUCAGAGGUUAUUCAGCAUUUAUUCAGCUGCCCCGGGUUACAGUAACCGUCUGCAGGAGAAAGUAGAUCCAUUUGGAAAAAUCUGGAAGGAUCUUCAUUUAAUAACCCACUUAAAGAGACAUUUUCAAUUCAGUUUAUUUAAAUAUCACAAAUUCACAACACAAGUCCUCUGGAGGCUCAAAAAUAAUUCCAGUCCAGUCAUUCCAGCUGAUUCAACUGGUCAAGCAGUGCAGUUCCAGUGAGUCAUACUGGUUUAAAAAGUUUUUACAUUCACUCCCCCUGGACAAGCACGGAGCGACAGUGGACAGGAAAAACUCCCCUUUAACAGGAAGAAACCUCCAACAGAACCAGAACCUGUAGGAGCAAAGUGGCUACUUUCUGCUACUGGCGCUAUAAGUUACAGAAAAACAUCCUGCUCGUGGCCUCGGCUCUCUGGGCGUCCGUCAGCAGAUGAAGACGAGCCGGCGUGGUGAGGUCAGGCGCUGCAGCUGGUUGGAGGAGCUGGCUCUGCUGCAGCAGCGGAGGAUGUGAGCAGCAGCGAGCCGCGGCGCUGCGAUCGGCUGCAGGUUUAUGGGUCCAGGCUGUGGACGAGCUGCUGGCUUUUCUCACUUCCUGUCUCUGCAUGUUGAAGCGAUUGGACUGAACUGAGUCGCAGACAUUUCGCAGGAUGAACGGCUCUCUGCUGACUCCGCCCAGCCCUCGGGCCUCUGGCUCCUCCCCCUUGCCCCCCUCUCCCUCCCCGUCGCCGCCGUCGCCUUCCCUGCUGCCCUUGUCCUCCAGGCCGCCGCCCCUGGCCCCCCUGGUGAGCCCGCCGGCCCCGCCGUCCUCCCUGUCCGACACGCCCACGCCGUCCCCCUCGCCGUCCCUCAGCUGGACCGAAUUCUGUGAGCUCCAUGCGCGUGUCGCUGCCGGAGACUUUGCACGCCACUUCCGGGCGUUUCUCCUGGAGAACCCGCACUACAGCGCAGACUCGGCGGCGGCUUUCUGCCGCCGCUUCACCGACCGCUUCGUCCGCCACUUCCAGAGCGAGCUGGAGGGGGCGCUGCCUCCAAGCGGCGCCUCGGGACGCGACGAGAUGAUGAGCUGGGCUCCCCCAUCCGACGCCACCUCCCUGGAAGAGGAGGCGGUGUCGCCGCUGGCGGGACCCGGGGGCCCGGCGCUCCCCCUUCCCUCCGGCGCGGCGCAGGGGGCGUCCAGGCCGGCGCCGUCCCGGCUGGUGCUGGAGAACCGCGGCAGCGACCGCUUCCAGGACUCCUACGCCCAGGGCCAAGUGCUGCCACCGUCCUCGUCGUCGUCCUGCUGCUCCUCGGUGGGGGGGAACAACGGGAGGCGGGAGGAGCGGGGUGCGGCGCCGGGCCCCGGGAACGACGCCGCGCCUGCAGAGGAGGAGGAAGACAGCUGGGUUGGAGCGGCUGCGGCCGGUGACGGCGCGGAGCGCGACGAGUCCUCUGAGGCGGAUCGCACUUUUUAUCUCCCUCCCUCCUCCGUCACUCCUCCGCCCGACUCCAAAGGAAACGGCACGCCCAACUCCUCCAAGAACAAGCUGAAGAAGCGCUUCUCGCUGCGCAGCGUGGGGCGCAGCGUGCGCGGCAGCGUGCGCGGCAUCCUGCACUGGAGGAGCGCCUCCAGCGAUGCGGCGCAGAGCCCGCUGCCCUGCAGCUACAGCUACACCCUGGGUGUCCAGGACUCCGGCGCCGCCAAGAGAAGCGCCGCCACACAGCCCCCCAUGCCCACCUCCUCCAUGCCCGUGUCCCUGUCCAUGCCCCUCUCCCUUCCUCACUCCUCCUCCUCCUCCCUGCCGCCCUCGUCCUCCAGCAGCGCCACCUCACUGUCUCUCUCUGAGGCGGCGCGCGAUCGCCGGCGGAGCAACGGAGAGGCAGGUGAGAAGGACAAGUGGAGCCACCGGCUGGAGAAACUCAGGCUUUCGCGCUCGCCACCGCCCAUCCUCACCCAGAACCCCCACCCCGGCUCCAACUCGCUGCCCCCCAGCAGCGCCGCUGCCCUGGGCCCCCCCAGAAAGGUGGGCCGGCUGGUGCGGGAGGGAGGGGUGAGCGUCAGCUCCUCCAGCGACGAGCUGGGCGGGAGCCACGGCUUCUCCGGCUUCUCCUUCGGACUGCUGCACCACGGCACAGAGAGCAACAGCACGGCGCCGGGGACCCAGGCCACCCCGGUGCUGCCCCUGGCCGGCGGGGGCACCGUCCCCUGGAGGGGGGGCCGCUGGCACAAAUGUCGUUUGGUCCUGAGAGAGAGAGACCGAGAAGGGGGCGAGCGAGGAGAGGAGUUCUACCUGGAGUUCUUCAUCCCACCAAAGGCCUCCAAGCCCCGGCUGACGGUUCCCUGCUUCUCCAUCGUGGACGUGAGGAGUACCACGGCGCUGGAGGUCCCGGACAAGGAGAACACCUUCCUGCUGCAGCUGGACGGGUCGGCCCAGUAUGUGAUCGAAACCCGAGACGCUGUGCAGAUGAGAGCUUGGCUGAGUGACAUCAGGAACGCCAUCUGUCUCAGCGAGCAGGACGACGCUGAAGGAGUGUGUCCAGCUUCGUUGGACGUCAGUGGAACGCCAGAGAUUGGCGAGCGUCUUUCACAAGUCUGCUACGGAGGGAUCGGAGGCUCCUCCCCCCUCAUGGAUCCGCUUCCUCCAGAACUUCCACCUCGAGCGCCACUGGACGAGCCGGAGGGCAGGAAUUUCGGGGGAGUCGGGGCUGGCCUGGGCACGCCUUUUGCUGAGACGCCAGAAGCGACGGGGUCGUUCCUGUUCUCUGACGCGGUGACCUCCGAGGCCGUGGAGCACCCGCUCAGCGAGUGCCAGUGGUUCCACGGCACCCUGUCGCGUCUCAAGGCAGCCCAGCUGGUUCUGGCCGGAGGCCCGGCGAGCCACGGCGUCUUCCUGGUCCGACAGAGCGAGACGCGGCGGGGAGAGUACGUCCUCACCUUCAACUUCCAGGGGAAGGCCAAGCACCUCCGCCUGUCCCUGAACGAGGACGGCCAGUGCCGGGUCCAGCACCUCUGGUUCCAGUCCAUCUUCGACAUGUUGGAGCACUUCCGGGUCCAUCCCAUCCCCCUGGAGUCUGGCGGUGCCUCUGAUGUCACGCUCAUCAGCUUCGUGGGAGCCACGGCGGUCCGACAGCCAGACUCGACCAGCAGACCCCGUAGCCCCCCCCAACCCCCCCCGCUGCCGCCGGGACGCCCGCCGCCGCCGACCCCUCCCCAGGAGAGAGGAUCCGAGGCGGAGCCGGCGGCAGGAAGCGGAGGCGGCGGCGGGCCGGCGGAGGACUGGGAGGACACGCCCCUCCGGCAGCUGGACGCCGCCGAGGGCGAGGAGCGGGACGGGGCGAGGGCGCCGCGCGCCGUCGACAACCAGUACUCCUUCUUCUGAGGCGGCGGUCAUCUUGGGGAGUUCUAACACUAAACGAGGCCGACAAGUGAAACACUAACGAGCAGUACCGCCGGCCCGAUUCGCCGCUCCGCCUCGCAGAACCUUCUGGACACUAUGCCUGUGGAGCCAGCAGGACUAGAACCUCACGCGGUUCUGCCCAGACAGCCAAACAUACGCUACAGAACCAGUACCUUACACCGUCCCUGGAACCGGUCCAGACACAGUUCUGUCCGCCGCCUGCAAUCUGUUAGAGAAGUCCAGACGGGCGGUUCUCCAGAACCUGCUUCAGAUUACAGAACCAUUCGACCCAGUAAAAAGUUCUGAACCCAAACAGAUCCCUGGAAAGUCCCAAAGAUGACCCAAAGGUCAAGGGUCAGAUCUCCAGGAUGUUCUUCACCUGCUGGAGAUCCAACAUGACCCAGAUUACCGGGUCUGGUUCUGGUUCUGAGCCCGAUUCUGGACUAGUCCAGAAACUGGAAGGAAAGAAGCUCACUGUGGGUUUUGACCUUCCUGACCUUUGACCCCUCGUCUGGGCCUGACUACAGGUCACAGGAAGGGAAACGGGAAGUUCAGGAUGUUUUAAUCCAGGAUCUGGAGUUAAUUUGUUCAGAUUAGGUCGGAUUAUAGUGGAAACCCUAA